AUUUUUAUUUAUUUUGUUUGCUGAAUUGAUUUGUCGAGCGAAAGAGAUCGAUACACAAUUGAUCCUUGUAGGGAAAAACGGAAUUGAUCCCGAUUCUGCUCUCAUUCGAUCGGAUUGUUGUUAUCUUCGAUUGAAUUUGUUGAUUUUGCGUAAUUGAACCAAAAAAAUUUCCAGUUUCUGGGUUUGUUGUACUUUGUCUGCUGUGUUAGCUUUGGGUCCUGAUCGGAUUUAUAAUUCGAUCAAGCUAGGGCAAAUCUGUAGGUGGGGUAUUUUCUUACUGCUUCGUGGAUCGGUAGCCAAGAGUUUUGGGUAACGGAGGAUUUGGGGCUGAUUCCAGCGCUCGAUGCAAUGUUAGAAAGGUACUAGGGUUAAGGAGGCUAGGUUUUGGUGGUUUGGAUUCAAGGAAUUUUCAUAGAAAUGGAGGAGUCUGAACUUGAAGAAGGAGAGGCUUGCUCUUACAAUAUUACUAACGAUUAUGUUGGAAGCAUAGACCCCGAUAGCGAUCUCUCUUACAUUGAUGAGAAGCUUCAAAACAUCCUUGGACACUUCCAGAAAGACUUCGAGGGCGAUUUUUCAGCUGAGAAUCUUGGGGCGAAAUUUGGUGGCUAUGGCUCUUUCUUACCAACUUAUCAACGUUCCCCUAUUUGGUCUUGUCCAAAGACACCAGCAAAACCUCAGAGUUCUACAGGGCCUAGAUCACCCAACGUCUUACUAGGGGAGUCCCAGAGUGGUAAUGCAGCUUCGUCUAGCGUUCCUAAAAAGGAAAAAUCCGGGCUUGUUUCCUCUAGAAUUCCGAAAAAAUCAAUGAAAUCCAAGAAACCCAAUUCCAGUUCCAGACAGGAAUCCGCAGCCAAGAAACCUGGUGUCUUCAGUAAACAGAACUCUCUGAAGCUUCGGAUAAAGAUGGGAUCAGAUAGUUUAUCUACAGAAAAGAAUAAGAAUGCUGCUGCGAUAUACAGUGGCCUCGGACUUGAUGUCUCCCCUUCUUUGUCAUUAGAUAAUAAUAGUCUUUCAGGUAGUGAAGGGAUGAAUGGGGAACCUCAGGGUUAUUCUCCGUUGGAGUCUCCCACCAGUAUUCUUAAUGUAAUGACUUCCCUUCCUGUGGAUCAUUAUCAGUUUCUAUCUCCUCUCUCUGAUGAUCUGAUUCGAUUCAUCGAAAGGGAAAAACCCGAAAAGGGAUAUAAUUAUACAUCUCCGUCUAGGCUUUUCAUUGAGAGUUCUUCUGCUAUGGCAAAUGGUUUGGAACCUCAGAAGGCUGGAGAGAAACCAUCAAUUGAGAAGAAAAGAAAGAUGUUGGGGAGGGACAACUUUUAUGCAGAGACAAAUGUCCGCAGCAAGAAGGGCCCCCCAGACGGAACUGAUGCCACCGUCAAGGAGACAACAGAAACAAACACAUCAUAUCCUACUGCUGCGGAGAAAGAAACAGCCAGUAGUAAAUUAUUUGAUGCAUCCAAGGAAAACUACAAUGGCGCUUCUAGGGGGGAAAUGGUGGGUGAUGUCGAGAGAAGAUUGUGGGGUCUAACUCGUCAUAAAGAUCUUGGGCCGCAUCAUGAGAAUCCAAAGACUAGUUCAGCUGGAAGUGCUCGGGAAGAUAAAAAGACUAGAUUUGGUGAUGAUGAUGCUUCAGGGUACUCGAGGAAAGUUGGCAAAUUCAAUGGAAGCAAAGCUUCUGAUUCAGUCAAAAAGGAAUCGAGUGCGUCAAUGGCAAAAAGUGGUCACAAGGGGGAGCCAGAACAUUCUUCGAGAAAGCAGAAGUCGGAUCAGAUAGAACAAGAGCCGCAGUCUUCAUCAAAGUCUAAGGAACAGAAAAGGUCUGUUGUUUAUGAGACAAAGAUGAAUGGUCAACUUGAGAAGAAGGAAGUGGUAGCCUUGAAACCACAAAAUGAUGCCAAAAAAGCCGAGGAAACUUACAAAGACUUUUUUGGAGACAUAGAGGACUCUGAAGAAGAAGAGGAACCGACUUGUUCGUUGGAAGUAAAAGAUUUUCCGAGGUCAGAAAAGGGACUUCCGGCCUUAGAAGAUAUGCCUGAAAAGUCGAGCUUCCCAUUAGCAGAAUCCCCGAAUGUUGGUCCUGGACCCAUAUUGAGUAAACUCGGUUCCGAUACUGCUCUUCCGAAAGCGAAUCCUGUGAUCAUACAAGAACAUUGGGUGGCUUGUGACAAGUGUGGAAAGUGGCGGCUUCUACCUCUCGGUGUCUACCCAGAAAACCUUCCUGAGAAAUGGAUGUGCACAAUGCUUUAUUGGCUGCCUGAAAUGAACUUUUGCCAUAUUCCUGAAGAUGAAACAACGAAAGCUCUGUAUGCGAAGUAUCAGAACCCUGCACCUGACAGCCAAGCUUUAAUGCAGAGCAAUCUCAGUAGCCCUAAGCCUCAGUUUGAUCAGGGAGAUGAUAACACAAAAAAGAAGAAAAAGGGUUUAAAGAAUGGAUUGGAUAAAGAAGUUUCUCGAACUGGAGAAACUAACAAGAAGACCAUCCUAACAUCAACAAGAAAUGGAAUCAUUCACAAUUCGCAUGGACUUAGCGACUUGGUCGACGAGGAGAGACAAAAACAUAAACAGAAAGAGAAAGGAAAAGCACUGGAUCACCACUCUGAUGAGUCGAGGAGCUUGAAGGUGAAUAACAAAAGGAAUGCAAAUGUAGAUAGCUCUAUGCUGGCCAAGAAAAUGAAGAUUGAAAGUUUUUUGUUUCCUGAUGAAUCUGAAUACGGAAGUGGACGUCCUACCUCGAGUAGUGGUGUCCCUGCCGCGUCCGCAGAGAAAAGGCCCAAACCUCGUGUCUCUUCUAAAAUGCCAAAAGAGGAAGGAGGGGCUUCAGACACGGGAAAUAGCAAUAGCACAGGGGGGAGUAAAAAGAGGAAACUGAAAGAAAGCAAUGGUUCUGGGGUGUACAGUGAGAGCGGAAACCAUGAACGAAAGAAACCUCGAGUUGUUAAAGAAGAAAAGGAGCCUAGUUUUUCUCAUGGUAAUGGCAAGUCGGAAAAGAAAAACAGAAGUCAUUCGAAAAGAGAGUAUGGACAUGUUCAGAAUUUAAUUGCGGCCACCUCAAGUUCUUCUAAGGUUUCAGAUUCUCAUAAACCCAGAAACAGCUCCCACGAAGCUAAAUGUUCGCCUGUUGAGUCGGUGUCGUCCUCACCUAUGAGGAUUUCCAACCCUGAGAAAAGUGUAUCUGCGAGAAAGAAGAAAGAAGGAACUUAUGGUGAAGGUGAAGAUGAUGUUGGGAGUGAUAGAUCGCUAAGGACGAAGUACAAACAUGGAUCUCAUGAGUCUUCUGUGCUUGAUGUUUGGGAUAAUAAAGAAUCUUUGAAAGCCAAAGAGCGUGCUAAACCUUCUCUGGAUGCGAACUUUGAGAAUGGUGGCCAUAAGGAUAUACCGCGAAAACUGGAUCAUAUUCAUGGUGAAGGAAAACAGUCUAGCGAUCAUCAUCGGCGUAGCAAUGAUCCUUUGGCGAAGAAGUCAGGAAAGAGUUCAUCUUCUCGGUCCAAAGACAAGAGCCAAAGCAUCAUGUCUGAUUCACGGGAUGGUCCGAGACAUAUUGAAAAGAAGAUAUACGAUGGUAGUCCUGACAGUAGAGUAGAUAUGGUCAUGAGACCAAACAUUCCAAAGCCUUAUGACGGCGAAAGAAUGUCAGAAAGAAGUAAUAAAACAGAUUUAGCUUCUCCAUCACGGCCACCAUCUAGAAGUGUCCAAGGGGAUUCCUCUAUACAUUCUGCCCGUAAGAAAGUCGAUAAAUGCGGCACAUCAGCCGGGAGUAAAAGUAUUCAAGCUGAUGAUGUGACAAAGACAACAGUCCAAAUAAGAAGGAAAAACGAGCCUUCUCCAAGCCCCUUGCGAAAGGAAGUGAUAUCUGCGCAAGCCGCCCAUAAUAUUUUAAAAGAAGCUAAAGAUUUGAAACAUACAGCUGACCGUGUCAAGAAUUCUGUAACAAACCUUGAGCACAUUGAGCUUUACUUCCAGGCUUGCCUCAAGUUUCUUCAUGGUGCUUUUCUGUUGGAGAUGAGCAGCAACGAGAGUGCUAGACAAGGAGAGACAAUGGUCCAAUCUAUGAAGAUUUAUAGUAGCACAGCCCAUCUUUGCGGAUUUUGUGCCCAUGAGUAUGAGAAGUUUCAAGAUAUGGGAGCUGCUGCUCUGGCUUACAAAUGCAUGGAGGUCGCGUAUAUGAGAGUUGUUAAUUCAUCUUACACCAGUGCCAAUAAAUAUCGGAUUGAAUUGCAGACUUCUUUGCAAAUGGUUCCUCCAGGUGAGUCUCCUUCCUCUUCUGCCUCGGAUGUUGAUAACGUAAACCAUCCAGCGGCAGCAGACAAAGUUGGCACCUCAAGGGGCAUCAGUUCUCCUUUAAUUGCUGGGAACCACGUCAUAUCUGCGCACAACCGCUGUACUAUUUUACGUCUACUUCAAUUUGCUCAGGACGUUAAUCUGGCUAUGGAUGCCUCGAGGAAAUCACGUGUGGCAUUGGCGGCCUCUAUUGAAAACUUGGGGGAGGCCCAACAACAAGGAGAGGGUAUUCUGUCCAUUCAAAGCGCCCUUGAUUAUAACUUCCAAGACGUGGAGGGGUUGCUGCGUUUAGUGAAACUUGCGAUGAAGGCCAAUAACCGGUGAAAGAGAGCUAAAAAGAAGCAACCUAUCUGUGAAAACUAAGAAGAAGAGGCCAAAUUCUGAUAGUGAAAAGAAUCUUCUGUUGCCUUGCGGCUCUGCGUCCAUUUCCAUUUACAAAACGGCAGUUUGAGCAUUUGUUUUGGAUCCCAUAAUCAUUUGUACAAAUCCAAGAAGAGUUUCACUGACAGAGUCUGCCAUGAAGGCUGAAGAGGUUUCUGGUAAACCAAGGAAGGAACUUGACAUUUGACUUCUUCAGAUGCUUCUCUUAUUCUACGGAGGAACAAUUCACAAAGGCAACAUAAUAACAAGCUUCUUUUCCCAGCUAAUUAUCCAAGAAUCAUGUAUGGGAUUAGACAGAGCAAACAAGGUGUAACAUCUGGUAGUGGAUUUUCUAUUUCUCCAUCUCAAGACGGAGAAAGCCCUUCUCGCAGUAUCAGAUUGUAAACUGUUCUCAUUCUAAAUAAGCCAUUUAGGGUACUACAAAGAAAGAAAUAAUAAAAUUACAAAAGAGUUUGGAGUAAUAGUAGCUUUUCUUGUAGUGGCUUUCAGUUUUAGGAGGCAAUGUUGUCUUUGUAGAUAAAAAAAAAGUAUAGGUUACAAAUAGAGUUUUACCGUCUUGCUCUGCCGGAGGAGCUUUCUGAGGGUUACCGACAACUUCACGAUCUGAGUUUCCGACGAAUUUUUGAAACAGGCUUUGGUCCCUCGUCUCUUGUAGCUUAACCAAUAUGUUAUAUUUUUGACUAAAGAUCCUCAACUCAUGAGUGUAUGUAUUGCCUUCUCUGGUUUGAAUGACCUUAAUGUAUAAACUAUACAUACAUUGUUCAUCAAAGAUGAUGGAAAUUAUCUUAACACAAAAUAUACCAUAAAAGUGAGAA